UGUGACUUGGAGGUGAACCCUUCCCUCCCCAGGCUGCUCUCCUAUGCUAUAGAGGGGGAGCUGCUGACGGAAGCGGAACUUGGCUGACUUCUAAUACAAUGAAACUAGAGGAAGGAUCCUCAGUCACAGGUCUCAGCCUCCUGCUAAGACAGAGGAACACGAGAGAGGGGGCAAGACUUGGACAGCACUAGUUCAUCUGAUGCGCCGCCAGUGCCCAACAGCCAGAGGAGCUGAGUGCUACAAGAGGCAGUCUUCUUCAGCAAGCAGCGCCUGGACAUCUGUGCUCUACAAGUGUCAUCGGACGCAAUUAGGCACCGAUACCUGCUGUGCCUCUAAAUCUGAACUGUAGGCACACACACACACAUACUGGUACCACCAGUGCCAGGACUUCUGGACUGCAGAUUGGACUUCUAUAAUCAAGUACAGAGUCUGGAAGUGCUUUAUUGACCCUUCAUCUUACUUGGCAGCCUCUGAUAUCCAGGAGAUACCACCUAUCAAACCCAAAGCUCACAGCAGCUGGCAUAUGGACCUCCAGUUUCUCCUAUGAGUGCCACUUCAGCGUCUUCGGAAUAUUCCAGUCUGGGUAGCUGCUUUGGCCAGAGAGGUGCCAACAUGGCUUCCUACCAGGCAUCUGAUGAGAACACGGUGGCUCUAAUGGCCCACAACCCUAAUGCCAGCAAGGAGGUGGAGAGGGACAAGGAUGACGUGAGCCAGGAAAAGGGACAAGAGAAGCCGGACCCGUCUCAGAAACCCCCUUAUUCCUAUGUGGCACUGAUUGCCAUGGCCAUCAGGGAAAGCACCGAGAAAAGAUUGACUCUGUCUGCCAUCUACCAAUAUAUCAUCAGCAAAUUUCCAUUUUAUGAGAAAAACAAGAAGGGCUGGCAGAACAGUAUAAGGCACAACCUCAGCCUCAAUGAGUGCUUCAUCAAGGUUCCCCGAGAAGGUGGUGGAGAAAGGAAGGGCAACUACUGGACCCUGGACCCAGCAUGUGAGGAUAUGUUCGAGAAGGGCAACUACAGAAGGAGAAGGCGGAUGAAAAGGCCAUUCCGACCCCCUCCUACCCAUUUCCAGGCAGGUAAGAGCUUGUUCAGCAGUGACACUUACGGCUACCUGUCCCCACCCAAGUACCUGCAGUCCACCUUCAUGAACAACUCAUGGUCCCUGGGACAGCCUCCAACCCCUAUGUCCUACACCUCCUGUCAGAUGGCCGGUGGCAAUGUUAGCCCAGUCAAUGUGAAGGGACUGUCUGCCUCGUCCUCCUACAGUCCAUAUUCUAGGGUACAGAGCAUGUCAUUACCCAGUAUGGUCAACUCCUACAAUGGCAUGAGCCACCAUCAUCACCAUCCGCAUGCUCAUCACCCCCAGCAACUGAGCCCGGCCAGCCCUGCUCCCCCACCUGCAGCAACUCCAAAUGGGGUGCAGUUCCCUUGUGCCAGGCAACCCGAGCUGUCUAUGAUGCACUGUUCCUACUGGGACCAUGAAACCAAACACAGCGCCCUGCACCCCAGAAUAGACCUCUGAGAGAGGAGCUUAUAAGACUGAACCCACUGUUCACCCAGCUUUGGGGAUACCCUAAAUGACUGAUUUGAGGAUCUAUCUACAAUGUUUAUCCCAGCUCCGAGUCCCUUAGGGAGACCCCACAAUGCUGAUCUGAAGACUUAACUACAAAGUGCACCCCACCUCUGAGAACCCACAGUUCACUAGUCUGUGGAGACCCUACAUGAUUGAUCUGAGGACUUUUCUACAAUGUGCACCCCAGCACUGAGGUGCCACAAUUUACCAAUCUGGGAAGGCACCAAAAGACUGAACUGCGGACCUA